AAAACUUCUAUCUAUUUUGUCUAUUUUUCAAACUUCUAUCUCUAUUAUACCAUUGGCACGAAAGUUAAAUCAUUAAAAGAAAGUUGAUAUGGCCCAAAAUGGAAAAGAACAAGAACAACAACGUCGACUUAUGGUAGAUGGACACAGUGGCGAAGACAGUGGUGGAGAAGAUGCUGUUUUAUAUAGAACUUAUGAUGAAGGGGGUGGAUUGUGCAAAAAGUUAUUAAAGUCCAAAACUGGCAGACUUGUUUCAAUGUUGAUUCUUAUUAUAGGAUACUUUUUUACUGAAUUAAUUGUGGGUCAUAUUACAAACAGCUUGACGCUGGUUGCCGACUCUUUUCAUAUGUUGUCUGAUGCUUUAUCAUUAAUAGUUGCUCUUGUAGCUGUAAGGAUGAGUCGAAGAACUGCAAGAGAUCCGUUCCGUCCAUGGCCUUCUAAAGAGCCAUAUUUUAAUACUUUUGGUUGGGUUCGAUUUGAGAUCUUGGGUGCUCUCAUCAACUCAACAUUUCUUCUCGCACUGUGUAUUUCUAUAACAUUGGAAGCAGUACAAAAAUUUACUAAACCUGAACAUGUGGAUUCACCAAAGCUUGUACUUGCCGUUGGAGGAGGAGGUUUACUUAUCAACAUCUUUGGUUUGAUCAUGUUUGGAUCUCAUUCACAUGGUCAUUCGCACGAUCAUGGCCAUGGUCAUGGCCAUAACAAAGAUUCAGAUAAGGAAUCAGACACAGACUCACCAAAGAAAAAGGCUGUAACUGAAGAGCAGCAUCUGAACAUGAGAGCAGUUUUUUUACAUGUACUUGGUGAUGCACUUGGUUCAGUUAUUGUUAUGAUCAGCGCUACAGUUCUGUGGCUUGUUCCGGCAGAAACAAACCCAUGGACUUUAUAUAUGGACCCUACGAUGAGUUUAAUACUUGUCUGCAUCAUGGUUUUCACAACAAUUCCUUUAUUCAAGCAAUCAAGUAUGAUCUUACUUGAAACUGUUCCAAAACAUAUCAAGUUGGAAUCAAUCAGAAACAAAAUCAAACAAAUUGCUGGAAUUCAAGCAAUACACGAUCUACAUAUCUGGCAAUUAACAGGUGACAAAAUAGUAGCUACAGUUCAUGUGCAGUGUGCUGAUGCAGAAACCUAUGAAAGACUCGUGCAAAAGAUUAAAGCGUCUCUUCACGAUGAAGGCAUACAUUCGUGCACAGUUCAACCCGAAUUUUCUUUUUCCGAGGACGAACUCCCUUGUCAGUUAGUGUGUGGGGAAAGUUGUAUUGCUAAAACUUGCUGCCCGCCAGAUAAACCAAAAUUGGACAGAAAACCUUCUGCCAAUGAUACAAGAGUGAUGGAGCAAACGACGUUGACUAUGGCACCUUCAAAUAUUGCGACUUCCUCUACGCUUGCCAUUGUUGACGAAAACGAAGUUGUUUUAUCACAAGGACAAGUAACCGAAACAUCAUCAGAAAUUGAUUUCAAACCAGAAGGAAACAACACAACCGAGAAAGGUCCAUCAGCUUGAAGCGUUUACUGUGUUAAGAUUUAUUUUUUGUACGUCACUUAACUGACAUUUUUUUGUGAGUCAUCUCGUUGCGCGUCUGCCUUGGUGAUACCUCAAAAAUUAUCAACUGCAGUAUUACUACCAUAGUGGAAAUGAGAGUUGACGUUUUGCAGUGAUUUAUUUUCCCAACUUUGUACCGGCAGUCGGUUUGUAGUUCGUUUAAAAGGUAUUUGCACAUUAGUCCUUUCAAGUCAGGCAUAGUCUGAAGAUUUUCACGAUCCACAAUGAAAUUUAUUACUGUGUAUUGCGACCUUUCGCCAGACUAUGAUGUACAUAUUCGCGCGUUUAUUCACUGCAUCAGUUGAUCCCGGCAUUAUAUUAUACAUUAGUUACUUUUUGUUACGUUGUACAUCCCAUCCAAAGCAAAAUUUAUCAUUAUACUUGUGGGGCAAUCUAUCAAUUUCUUCGAUUUUUAAUUUUUUUCUACGCUGCUUGUGAAGUUACAUAAUAUUUGUAACUAGAAAACAAAAUAUUAGAGCGUCAUUUUUUUCCUAUUUAGUAAAUUGAAAUAGAAGCUUGAUAAAUAUCAAAUAGUUACUUAAAUUGUUUUGUGAGCAAUAAUUUCCAAGACGGUGAUGUUACGAAUUUUUACACUUCUUGCCUAUAUCUAACAUUUGAAAUCAAAUAUAUGCCCUUUUUUGGUAUCAUGCUACUUAUUUCAAUAUAUCUUCAUGUCCGCAACAA